CGAGACGGCUGCAAAUCCGCAUGUGUCGUGAGAGCAGCAAGAAGCACAGCUCACAAACUUACACUGUUCCGAUUAAAAAUGGAAGUUUGGCCUCGCCGCGACGACGACGACGACGACGUGGCGAUGUGACGUGCAAGAAGAGAAAUCUCAGAUUGAAGAGAAUAAAAAUAUUACAUUUGUUAUGUGCCACCAAAAGAGAUGCCAUCAGAAAUAGGCAUCGAGGACAUGUUGACUAGGCAGGAUGAUGAGACUAGAGAAGAAUCUCACAUGGAGACUGGGAUUACUUCGUUGGAUAACACCAGGCAGGAGGAAAGUAACAAUUGUACAGAGACAGCAGAAAAUGAAAUAGCCAACACUAGAAAUGAUAACUAUACCUACAAUAAUGCAGACGAAGCAAGGAAUUUAGACAACACCUUGCAAUCAUUGAGCCAUGAAAGCAUAAUUAUGGAAAAUGGUUCUAGUAUCUGUGAGACUGUCAACGAAAGAUUAAGAAUAAUGGAAAAUGAUGUAGAGAACAAUGUGACUGAGUCAUUGAGAUGCGACUCUGAAACUCAGAGCAGUAGUAGUAUUAGUAGUAAUGUUGCAUCUAGUGCAGUCAGUUCCACAGGCACAACCGAUAAUACAACGCAAACCUCAUCGCAAGAUACUCAAACUGAUAAUGUUCCACACCUACCUAAAGAGCCAUCUAGAAAGAAUUUCAUCAGGUAUCUUGAAAAUAACUCAAACAAUGCUGAAGGUUCUCAAACCAUUUCUGCGGGUAGCUCACUGUAUGACACAAACAGAUCCAAUGACACUGACUCAACAAGAAUUGAGCCAAAUGGUGAUUCCAUUGAUGGCGCAGCCUCUUUACCAUUGCAAAUUCCUGUAUUGGAUUCUUCCUUGAAUGAAGGAUCUUCAACUUGUGAUAAUGACAUUGUCCUGGUCAAUAGAAAUAAACCAUUUCAGUUGCCAAGUUUGGUGAAUCUUUACGAAGCAGCGGAGGCGCAGAGAGCUGAGUUUGAAGAUCAUGAUGUUCUUAAUGCUAUGUCGUCCAUGGAUAUUGAUGCUGGUUUAUUUGCAACUGGUGAGAACAAUGGUUCUGAUCCUGAAUGCCAGCAGUCUACUGAUUCAAGAAGAAAUAGAAAGAAAACAACAGAUACAAAUGGCCAUGCGCCAUGUGAAGGAGCCGAGUACUACCAGCUCUGGCGAAGUACUGGUGGUGUUUCCUCGUCAGACUUGGUUUACGAUUCCGUAUACCCCAACCCUCCUCCUCUACCUCCAAGAGCAGUUCAUAAACCUCUACACAGAAUGAACGCGCUCAAGUUGCCCAGACGGCAUACGCAAAAACUUUCGGCUCCUCUACGCCCAGAAGACUGCUUUGGUUUUGAAAUCGUCGAUGUCGACGAAGCGUCAAAUUUGAAGAUGAGAACAGCGGUGACAAAGAGUAUAGCUCUGCUUAGUUCUCCGCGUUCACAUCGUCCGGCUAUUAGACCCGAAGUAGCUGGUACUAGUGGUCAAUCGUCUACUUCAUCCGAGUGUCCACCAACGCCAACCCAUCGGCCGAAAGCUUUACGUCCUUUGCCCAUGUGUCCUACUAGUUCUGCAGUGAAUUCUACCGAAGAACCUUUACCACCUUCUUGGGAAGCCCGAAUAGAUAGCCACGGACGCGUGUUUUACAUUGACCAUAUAAACCGUACAACAACGUGGCAACGCCCAGGUGCAUCGACGCGCAAUGCCGGCUGCGAUCUACGUCUCCAACAAUUAGACCGUCGCUACCAAAGUGUACGUCGAACGAUUUCUCGACCGGACAACAUCGAGCGAGAAACUGUUGCAGCUGCCUCAGCCAUCGCGAUUUCUUCGAGUUCAAGCUCAUCUCGUUCCGAAGCAGCUCAAGCAUCACACGAAGCUUUCGAUAUCACCAACACGCCGACAGUACAGUUCCUUACAAGGCCGGAUUUCUUCAAUGUUCUGCACACGAAUGUCGAAGCUAUGGAGCAAUACAAUAGAAAUACUAGUUUGAAGUAUAUGAUCAGUAAGAUCAGAAGGGAACCGAGAUUGUUUCCUAGGUAUGAGCAUAAUAGAGAUCUUGUGGCGUUGGUCAAUUUCUUUGCCGAUCAGUCUAAGGAGCUGCCGGCUGGAUAUGAGUCUAAGCUCGAUAGAACUGGCAAGAGAUUCUUCAUCAACCACGCUAGAAAAGCAACAUCCUUCAUCGAUCCUCGAUUACCUACCGAAGCAGCACAUCCUCGCAUGUUACUAGACGAAGCACCAAUUCCACCACCUCGUCCACAACAGUCAAUGACAACAACCGUCCCUGAUAUUCCAAUCGCUUACAACGAUAAAGUAGUCGCUUUUCUUAGACAACCAAAUAUUAUUGAUAUUCUAAAGGAGAGGCAUUCAGGACUCGCACAGAAUAUUUCACUCAGAGAGAAGGUCAACGCAAUACGCAUCGAAGGGACUUCCGCGCUUCAAAGAUGGAGUCAUGAUGUACCCCUUGCUCUAUUACUUAGUUUGUUUGAACAAGAAAUUAUGUCUUACAUACCGGGCAACGUUGGAAGGUCUCCAGUGAAUAGUCCGCACGCAUCACCGGGCUUGGCAAGAGCAUCUGGACGAGCUCCAGCUCCUUACCGAAGGGAUUUCGAGGCAAAGCUUAGAACGUUUUAUAGGAAGUUGGAGAGUAAAGGUUACGGUCAAGGUCCUGGGAAACUCAAAUUACAUAUAAGGCGAGAGCAUCUAUUAGAAGACGCUUUUACUCAUAUAAUGGCUGUGUCAAAGAAAGAUUUGCAAAAGGGUAAACUCGUAGUGAUGUUCGACCAUGAGGAAGGUUUAGACUACGGUGGUCCAUCUCGUGAAUUUUUCUUCCACUUGUCACGCGAACUUUUUAAUCCGUACUAUGGUUUGUUUGAAUACUCAGCCAACGACACCUAUACCGUCCAGAUAUCUCCCAUGUCCGCUUUCGUCGACAAUUAUCAUGAUUGGUUUAGAUUUUCUGGGCGAGUUCUUGGUUUGGCACUUGUUCAUCAAUAUUUACUCGAUGUUUUCUUCACACGACCGUUUUAUAAAGCUUUGCUAAGGAUUACUGCCAACUUAAGUGAUCUUGAAAGUUUGGAUCAAGAGUUUCAUCAGAGUUUGAUGUGGAUUAAGGAAAAAGAUAUUAGUAUUGAGCCGCUAGAGCUUACUUUCUCCGUCACGGAGGAGUUGUUAGGGCGAGUAGCAGAGCGAGAAUUAAAACCAGGCGGUAGAAACAUUCCCGUCACGGAAAAGAAUAAAAAGGAAUAUCUUGAGCGAAUCCUUCGAUGGCGAUUAGAACGCGGUGUCGCCGAGCAAACUGAAUCUCUUGUAAGGGGCUUUUACGAAGUUGUAGAUCCUCGACUAGUAUCAGUGUUCGAUGCACGAGAACUUGAAUUGGUGAUAGCUGGUGCUGCGGAGAUUGAUCUCAACGAUUGGCGAGCACAUACUGAGUAUAGAAGUGGAUACCACGACGCUCAUCCUGUGAUCGAAUGGUUUUGGAGUAGUAUUAGUCGGUUUACUAACGAGCAAAGGCUUAGAUUAUUGCAAUUUGUAACUGGUACCUCAAGUAUACCCUAUGAAGGCUUUGCUGCGCUUAGAGGCUCUACUGGACCUCGCAAGUUCUGUAUUGAAAAGUGGGGACGGCCAAAUAGCUUACCUAGAGCGCAUACGUGUUUUAAUCGACUGGAUCUUCCACCGUAUCCAACGCCAGAAAUUCUUUACGAAAAAUUACUAUUGGCGGUAGAAGAGACAAAUACGUUCGGUAUAGAGUAAGCUGUACUAGUUUUGAAUGAGUUUUAAGGGUAUAUUACAAUUUUUAAUCGUAAUCAAAAAGUCAAAAUAAUAAUAAGACAUUCUACUCCCGUACAAUGUGUGAUAGGUCAAACUAUAACAUCGGCAUUUAAUAGAUUUUAUUUAUUUGCUAAUUUAUAGCGUACGAUUUUUUUAUCAAUUUAUAAAUUUUAUGGUGUAAAGAAAUUUUAGCUUUUGGAUUGCAUAGUGAGAAAUCAAAAAAAUAUAUUUAUGUCCAUUAUUUACGAAUGAUAUGAAAACCGUCGUAACUUUUGUGUCCAUGUAAUCGUAUGUAUACCGUUGAUUCCGAAAUGCCUUGACAGAAUUUGAAAAAAUAUUCUGACCGUUACACUGCCUUCAUGUAUCAGGGAAGAUAAUUAACAACGACAUAAGUAAAAUGACAAACAGAGAAUUUGUAAAAAGUAUGAAACUCGCAGAGUUCGACGAGAUAAUUUCGACGAUAAAGGUAAAGGUUAAAAAUAAUUAUUCAAAAUACUAAAGAUAGGCUACU